AUGGCCAUGCAUACUGAGAUGCUCUAUGAAUGGUUCCAGGCCCAGGGUGGAUCUAUUGACACAUCUUCCAUAGGCAUAACCGAAUUUCCUCUCUACGGACGCGGAGGCGUAGCUUUGAGGAAUAUUGAGGCAGGACAAACUCUAUUCUCUGUCCCGAGAGAGCUCACCCUUUCUAUCCGGACUUCGUCCCUACCCAACCAACUCGGAGAAGGAGCAUGGAAGCAAUUUGGGCUGGAUAGCGGUUGGUCUGGACUCAUUCUUUGCUUGAUGUGGGAAGAAGCACAGGGUGAUGCAUCUAAAUGGUCCCCUUAUUUGCGGACAUUGCCGUCGACAUUCGAUACGCCCAUAUUCUGGGAUGAAGAUGAUUUGUGCGGGCUUCAAGGGACUGCUGUGUUGAACAAGAUCGGCAAAAAUGAGGCCGAACGAGACUAUACCGAGAAGGUUGUCCCCGCCAUUCAGAGUCGGGGGGAUAUCUUUCCCGCCGAUGCGGUGCCGCAGUACUACAGUUUACAGAGAUAUCACAUUAUGGGCAGUCGGAUUCUGUCCAGGUCGUUCCAUGUUGAGCCGUGGUCGUCCGAUGAGGAAAGCGAAACCGAUGGCGUGGUACAAGCUGUUGGGGACUCUGCGGCCCCAAUGGAAAUCGACGUCGAAAUGCCGUCAGCGGAAUCUGGCUUCACGGUUGAACCCGGGGAAGAGAACCCCGAGAACGCGACUGAAGAAGUGGAGAUUGCUGAGGACGAAGAAGACGAUGAUUCGGAGAACCCUGCCGACGUCGCAAUGGUCCCCAUGGCCGACAUGUUGAAUGCCCGUUUCGGCUCCGAAAAUGCAAAAUUGUUCUAUGAGAAACAUGAACUGAAAAUGGUUUCUACGAAAUUCAUCAAGGCUGGGGAACAAAUUUGGAACACAUACGGCGACCCACCCAACUCUGACUUGCUCCGGAGAUAUGGUCAUGUCGAUGUCCUGCCUCUUUCCUCGCCGCUGACCGGAGAGGGCAAUCCGGCGGACAUUGUCGAAAUCCGCGCCGACCUUGUAGUUGAUGUCGCGGUCAAUGCUUUGAAAAAUCAACCACAGGAAAGAGUUGAUUGGUGGCUGGAGAAUGCUGAUGAUGACACCUUUGUGGUCUUGACUGACUGCGAGGUUCCGGAGGAGCUCGUCUCGUUUGUGAGGCUUCUACUUUUUCCGCAGGACGAAUGGGAGAAGAUAAGAAAUAAAGGCAAAUUGCCCAAGCCGAAGGUUGACAUCGCGUUAUUGUUCAUCAUUGCGGAUGUCCUACGGCGGCGUGCGCAGGACUACCCAACGUCACUAGAGGACGACGAGUUGCUGCUGGCGCCGGGCAAGGUCGAAGAGCUGUCGUUGAACGGGAAAAAUGCCGCAAUUGUCCGCCUUGGAGAAAAGCGUAUCCUACGCGGCACUUUGCAACAAGUGCAGAGUAUGGAAGAGAAGCUCCGUGCUAGCAUGGCCGGAAGCAAGGACAAAAAGCGAGGAAGGGAUAGCCAGAAUGCUAGCACCAGCGUACGGGGAAAGAGGUCAAAGCGUUAG